AGUGUUUUUGUCUAAUCAGAUCAGUUAAGUCCAUUAACUCUCUGACUGGCUCCCUAAGCAGUGUGCUGACUACUGAGCUAGUGGCCUGUAGCUCGGAGCCGGCUCAGUUUUUAAUCAGGUAAUGUUCAGUUUGAGCAGACUCUGAGUUGACACAAGGGUUAUAUCAAGCUUUGUGAGCGCACUGAUCCUGAUCUAAACCAGGCUGUGCUUUAUCAGGUCGUCAACUCUGAGUUUGUUCAUCUGGCUUCGUGCUACAGGCCACAGGGAGCUGAUUGAGUUUGAUUUAUUUCUGUCUGUUAAUGAUUCUGAUCUCAAACACACAGAGAAACUCCUGCUGAAGCACACUGUUAUAAAGAUGGAGUUUAUUAAAGAGGAGAGUGAAGACCUGAAGAUUGAAGAAACACUCAAACAUGAAGAUACUGACGAACACACAGAGAUAGCGUUUAUUAAAGAGGAGACCGAAGACGUGGAGAAUGAAGUCAAACAUGAAGAUACUGACGAACAGACAGACCUGAUGCCAGUGAAAGAAGAGAGUCAAGGACUGAAUGAAAUGGAAGAGAAAAAUCAGUAUGAGAAAUGCCAUGAUUUACUGACUGUGGAAAAAUCUUUGAGUUCCUUGCAGACUCAUGAAACAGAAACUACAAACCUUAAAGUCCAGAUGAGAGUACAUACUAAAGCGAGACCUUUCACCUGUCAACAGUGUGGGAAGAGUUUUGCACUGAAAGGAACUCUUAACAUUCACAUGAGAGUUCACACUGGAGAGAAGCCUUACUCCUGUCAACAGUGUGGGAAACGGUUUGCACUGAAAGGAGAUCUUAAAAGUCACUUGAGAGUUCACACUGGAGAAAGGCCUUACUCCUGUCAACAGUGUGGAAGGAGUUUUGCACUGAAAGGAAAUCUGAAUAGCCACAUGAGAGUUCACAUGAGAGAGAGUUUCACCUGCCAGCAGUGUGGAAAAGGGUUCAGUCAAAAACAGAGCCUUGAAAUCCACUUAAAAAUCCAUGCUGGAGAGAAGCCGUUCAAUUGCCCUCAGUGUGGAAAGAGUUUUGAACAGAAACAAAACCUUAAUGUCCACAUGAGAACUCACACUGGAGAGAAGCGUUUCGCCUGCAAACUGUGUGAGAAGAGCUUCACACGAAAAGAAACUUUCAAGGGUCACAUGGCAAUUCACAAGGGAGAGAAUCCUUUUGAUUGUUGUCAGUGUGGAAAGAGUUUCAGAUAUAAAAGAAACCUUAAGCAUCACAUGAGGAUUCACUCUGGAGAGAAACGUUUAGAUGUCACUGACAGAAAUCACCGUAAGAAUCGUGUUCAUCACAUUGCAGAGAAGCGUCACACAUGCCCUCACUGUGAAAAGAGUUUCACACAAAGAGCAAAGCUGGAGGAGCACAUAAGAAUUCACACUGGAGAGAAGCCUUUCACCUGUCCUCAGUGUGGAAAGAGCUUCACAAUUAAAGGAAACCUUAGGAUUCACAUCAGAGUUCACACUGGAGAGAAACCUUACAAGUGUCCUCAGUGUGAAAAGAGCUUCACAUAUCACACAGACCUGAAACGACAUGUGCAAACUCAUUCUGUAAAGAUAAUUCUGAUUUCCACAGUGUGACAAGGUUUAGAAAAACGAGGCAAUAGGAGAUGUUUAUCUUUGAGAAAACAAUGUUACUUUCACACACCACAGCUGCAAGUGAGCUUCAUCUGAUUUAACUUUGACUACUUUUUUUUAUUUGUCUGUCCUUUUACCUCUUUAUUCUUCACCUGACCAUCUUCUUUGCUAUAGUUUCAAAUAUUGAGCAGACACCCUUUAAUUUAGACCAGGGGACGGCAAUCAAUAGAGAAAACUGCAUACCAGUGUUCAUUUUGAGGUCCUCUGCACAAUCUGACUUUGCUGCAGCCUGGAAUUGAACUGCUGGUUUCGUCUGGCUA